AUGGACCCAUUGAGUGCUUUAUCGGCAGCCUCCGCUGUUGUGGCGUUUGUCGACUUCGGGGCCAAACUCUUAUCUCGCACUCGACAACUGUACAAAACGGCAUCUGGAGAAACUCGAGAAAAUGCAAAUCUGUCUAUUAUAUCAGACGACCUGAGAAUCCUGAGCGACAAUAUAGGAACUGAGCUAUCCGGGCUCCGCGAGCUGCUUCCAGCCGCUGGAACCUCGGAAAGCAUGCUGGCCGGGAUAUGCCAAGAAUGCAUAGACGCUCACAAAGAGCUUUCUGCCGCCACAAAUAAACUACGUUUGACAAACAAUGCAGAUAAAAUAGGUUUCAGCUUUAAACCCGAAAAGGACGUGCCUGUGAACAUGUUUUCCAAAGCGCUUAUGGAGCUUCAAUUCGAUGUCGACUUGUGGCGGCGACGUUUGGAUGAUCUCAGGGCACGGAUGACAACGGCUCUCCUAGCGGUCAUUUGGAAGAAAUCCUCGGAUGGAGCCAAGGCGCUGCAGCAGCUUUCAAGCCAGCAGGCUAUGAUGGCCAAGACAUUGACUCAGAUUCAAGCAACUACCGACACAUUGAGUCAAACCAUAAUCCAAUAUUCCCAGGAAACCUUGACUCCAAGGGAUGUCAAACACCAGAGCCUGGUGCGAGACAUCUGGUUUUCGGCGUGGCCGCCUGCUCCGGAUAAUUUGAUAAAAGAUCACAGAGCUGAAACGUCAUACAACAACGCCAUCAUCGCGAGCUUGAAGUUCCAAGGAGGCACUCAUCGCGAGGAAUCGAUACCAAAGGCCCACGAGAAAACAUUUGAGUGGAUCUUCACCAAGCCACGCACACUCAAAGACAGAGGACCCCUCUGGUCUGACUUUACUGAAUGGCUGCAAACUCCGACACAACAGAUUUAUUGGAUAACAGGAAAGCCCGGAGCCGGCAAAUCUACGCUGAUGAAGUUCGUAGCUGAGCAUCAGCAGACAUUGUCCGCUCUUCAUAGAUGGUCAAUCCCUCGUCCGCUUGCAGUGGCGAAGUUCUACUCCUGGAAUGCCGGCACACUACUCCAGAAAUCCCAGAUGGGCUUGUUCAGAACACUUCUCUGGCAAGUCCUAUCAGCUAUGCCCACUAUCGCCCCGAGAAUAUGUCCUCGUAGGUGGGCGUUGUACAAGCUUUUUGGUUCAGGUACCGUGGUUCCUGAAUGGUCAUGGGCAGAGCUCUUGGAAAGUUUUACUUUAAUGCUGCCGCUUAUUGGGGAGUCUUUCGACCUCUCAAUUUUCAUCGAUGGGCUGGAUGAAUUUGAAGGGACACAUGAGAAGCUGAUCGACUUCGUGGACCUCUUUCGCGCACAGCCUGGUGCGAAAAUUUGCGUCAGUAGCCGCCCAUGGAAUGUGUUCCUAGAUGCAUUCCACUGCAGCCCCAGUCUGAAGAUGGAAGAUAUUACGAACCAAGAUAUCGAAUUAUUUGUGAAUGGUCGUUUCAAGCGCACCCAAGGCUUCCAAGAACUAGAGCAGAUGCUCCCGCAGGACGCGCGAAAACUCAUCAAUGGAAUAGUCACGAAGGCCCAGGGCGUCUUCCUCUGGGUUUCUGUCGUUGUGAACGCUCUGUGCGAAGGACUAACAGAGGGUGAUAAGCUCUCAGAUCUCCUGGCUGAGCUCGAGCGGUUGCCGAGUGACUUAGAACAUCUCUACUCUAGCAUCUGGGCAGGCGUGAAGUGGAAAUACAUGGCCCAUUCAUCCCAGCUGUUCCAAAUUCUUGAGUGCGCCAAAGAAUCGUUGGACGUUGUCACGUUAUCCCUUGCGGACGACGAUAGUGCCCUCGACCGAGAUAUCAACGAUUUGACCGAAGAGGACCGAGACCACAUCAAACAAACCAUGAAACGAAGGCUUAACAGCCGCACUCGUGGAUUGAUCGAGGUAUCUCGAGAUGGACAAAUCGAUUACUUGCAUCGCAGCGUGCGUGAUUGGACUGUUGCAAUUUGGCCCGAUAUUCAAGCCGCAGCCGCAGACUUUGACCCCAACUUGGCAAUUCUCAAAGCGCUGACAGUCGAGAUCUCGCUAAGGGAAAUCUGGCAUAAUAGCCUAAUGACAUUUCCCACCGUCUUUUGGCAACGGACAUGUCUCUGUCUCUACCAUGCUUCUAAAGUUAAGGAUGAUUCAAAACAAAUAUCUCUAUUUGUGAAAGUCAUGGAUAGACUGGAUAAAGACCUCUCAGAUAUAGCUAGCUCCUACACAAUCCCCGACGGGUCACUUCCGCUUUACCGCAACACUGGGUCGUCAAAUCUUCUUCUCCGACCAGGAGACAAUCUACCACAUUGGGCUUCCACCCAAAGGACCCAGACCAACAAGCCACUGAAUGUGGCAUUCCUUGGACUAGCAGCCCAGUUUGCAAUCGCCCCUUAUGUAAAGCAUAAGCUCUUUAAGAGUCCUGGAAUGAUCAAGGUUCGCUGGCCAGAAGUGACAAUCAUAGAGUGCGCUGUCUUUGGCUUCGGACACUUUUGUCGGCCGGAUCUGGCAGACCUCGCUGAUCGCUACAAGUACGCCUCGCUGGCGACUAGAGUAGAUACGAAGUCGCAAGGCGACCAAGAGCGAGAGUUAUUGGAGAAAAUGCAGGCGCAGACUUGUCGGAAGGUUGCGUUCUUGGAGUCGGUCUCGGAUGCUGACCUCGAUGAGCUUGCUUAUUGGCAGGACAUGGCAAGGCGAUUGAAGACUAAGAUCGCUUCUGAAGAGGAAAUAGAAGCGGAAGGAUGA